UGUUGGUUGUCGGACACAGAGGGUUGUCAUGUCUUGGUGAGCUGCGGUUCUGUUAUCAGCCGGGAGCGGAGAUAAGAAGGUCCUGGACCCAACUGGACAACCAUUCCCAAAAUGACACCACCCAGUUCUCUGCUGUUCUUACUGGGGGAAUCUGCAUGCGGCCACUUCUUUCCCUCUCUAGCAAUAGUCUUCAUAUACGAUACCAUAUUUUCUUGAACACUUCAAAGGAGCCUGAAGCCAUCUGUCCCUUUUAUUUAGGGAAGGGAUAGAGUAGCUUUUAUAUUAUGCCUGGAGAAGAUUUCAUAGAUUGAAGAAAAUGGAUUCAUGUAGACAAAAGGUCUUCCCAACAAAUGAAUCAGGAUAUCAGAAUGCAUACAGGCCAAAAUAUAGGCCUUCAGGAGCGGAGCCUACGAGGACCAUGUCUGAAGACUGUGAUGAUCUCCAGCAGGACAGACAAAGAUCAAGGACUAUGUUAGACACUUCAUGUUUAACGUGUGAUGUUUCAGUGGCUCAUUCUAAGAACGGGCCACAUUUAGGGGCAUGUCGAUCAUUAGAUUCUCAUUUUACUGAUGUCAGUAGUUCUGAGAAGUAUUCCAGAAAAUCCCAGACUUUGACAGAAGAAUACUGGGCCUGUGCAAUUCCAAACUCUCUCCCUCCACGUCCUGACCGAACGUCUCCCCAUUGGGAUCCAAAUAAAGAGUAUCAGGACUUACUAGAUUAUACAUAUCCCCUAAAUCCAAAGUAUUUUAUUAAUAGAGAUGAUGAGAAUGAGGCCGAAGCUUUUUUACAGGACUCUGGUGUAGACCUCGAUAGCUAUAAUGCCUCUUGUGAAGGCAAGUUCGGCUCUUUUACCACUACCUAUAGAGAAAAGCACAAAGCAAAGACUAAUAAAUAUUCACAUGCAAAUAAUCAGCAUUUACCAUUUGCCUUUUCAACACCUUUACUUAAAAGAACUGGUGAUCGUGGUUUACAAAACCCACCAGGGUCUUCGAAUGUGACUUUGUGUGGUGGGUUCUCGCCCUAUGCCAGUAAGCUGGAUCUUGCCAAAGUGUGCACCAGUAGUCUGUCCCCCUCCAGAUAUGAUGUACUCAAUAAGUUCUCUGAAGAGGAGUCCUCUGGAGAUUGUUCAGGACAGUUUCUACCUACAUCCAAUGUUCUCCCCCUCCACAUAGAUUUGGACACUGAUGAGGAAUAUCUUUCCUUGCCCCCAACGCUAAAAGAGUUAGAGACCCUGGCUCACUAUCUGAGGGACCUAUCUUUAACUGUAGGUGACAAAAACCAAGGAUCCAGUGCCAAAUCAAACACAGUCUCUGAAGAUAGCCCAAAAGACACAGAAUAUCUCACUGAUUUUUACAGCUACGAUGAAUCUAAACUGAAUAGGUUUUCUUCACUGAGAGAUAUGCUUGAUGGGAGGAUCUCCGCAGAAGUCUUGGAUGAUUCUGAAUGUUCUUCAAUCAAAGAAAAUAAAUCUCUAGUCCAAAAAAUUCAGAGAUUCUGCCAGCACCUGGACAAGCUUAUUGAGUGGUUGUACAGCGUUGCAGAAGUAACUGAAAACUGGACCGCUCCAAAGCCAAAUGUGGAGAGCAUUCAGAUAGCACUCAGCCUUUACCUGAAACUGAGGAAAGAUGUAGCGGAGCAGCAAGUCCUCGCUGACACAGUCUUGAAAGAUGGAGAGUCACUGGUGAGAAGUUUAUCCCUCAAUUUCUCAGUUUUGAAGGACACGCUGUCAUUAAUUUCCAAGCAAUCCGGAGAACUGGAGAGACACACGGAGCGUCUGUACGCCUCUGUUCUAGACGCUAUGGAUACCAUCACUGAGGAAAGCUUGGCGAGGAAUGGUAACCUAAAACGGGUUUCCCUGGCAAUGGAGUCAAGUUAGAUAAAGCAGGGUUUGCUGCGGUCAACUUUAGAGAUGGAAUGAUUUAUAUUAUAAAUGAAGAUAAAGUACACACAGUACGACAAGCGUUAAUCAUCAUUGGAGAGGUCCAGCCAUCUAAACACUUCCACAUAACCAGCCCAAGUGACCAGAGGAUCUCAUGGAGUUAUCAAUGAGAAGUCGGCAAUUCGGCUAAAGUUCCCUAAACUGCACCAAAUUAACUGUGUUUGAUUGCUUUGGGCAAUAAGGACAUUGUUGCAUAAACAUUCUUAAUAAAAAAAAAAGCCUUAAAGGGAUCUCUCCAGAGGAUAGGGGAUACGUGUCUGAUUGCUGGGGAACCUCGCAAUCUCCAGAACAGGGCCCGUCUCUCACCUCUGAACGCUCUGGCCUCCACCUGAGACGCACUUGUCUUUUGAGUGACGCACGAUCCGCCAAUCAGUGAUUGGUAGAGCCAAAGUGCUCAGAGGUAUAUAGGGGGAAGAAAAAAAUAGUCUCAAUCCUAAAAAUCGCUAGGGCUCCCAGCAGGCAAACACUUAUCCUAUGGAUAGGGGAUAUGGUUUUAAUAGCCGGAUAACUUUGUAAAAAUUUCUCUUUAGAGAUUGCAGGGCAUUAGGUCAUCCCUUUCAGACACUUGGCCUUGGUUUAGUCCAAAAAUUGCAGGUAUUUCUGCUGCAAAUCCAUUUUUUUUAUUCUGUAGAUUUUACCUAUUUGGGUAUAUUCACAUGGUGGAAUAAAAUAGCCUGGUCUGUUCUUUCUGCGGAUAGUGCUCGGCGAUGCAUUGCUGUCUAUGAGACUAUGUAAUGAAGAGAACUGUGUCCCUGUAGAGGAAUGUGAAAGGAAGGGGGGAAAAUAUGGUUUUGGAGGCGCUGCUCACAGGUGGUCAUGAAACGAAAGACUCAGGCCGGCACAGGACAAUACAGAUUUUAUUUGCAAACUAAUGUGUUUCACCAUGUACAGAAUGCCUUCCUAAGGUCCAAUAAGAGUGCUAAAAAAAAAGACCUGAGGAAGGCAUUCUGUACGUGCCGAAAUGUGUUGUCCGUACUUUGCAAAUAAAAUCUGUAUUGUCCUGUGCCGGCCUGAGUCUUUUGUUGCGUGAUCACCUGUGAGCAGCGCCUCCAAAACCAUAUUUUUCCCCACCACUUUUUACUGGUCGCCCCAUGGGAGCCCAGCAUGGGUUGGGAGUGCAGCAGCUCUACAGCAAUCCUUUGAAAUUGCACCCCACCACAAUCGCAUAACUAUUCGGAAGAACCGAGGAUCAGUUCACCAUCACCAGAAAGGUGAGUAUAUCACUUAGGUGUGGUGGAGGGCUCACACCAAGCUGAUAUACAUUAGAAGGGAGCGCCGCCUGGCCUUUUCUCUCUCCCAACCUCGUCCUGUAGAGGAAUGUGACCCCCAGCACAGGGACACACUUUUCUGCUUUACAGCCAGCAACCUCUCACUCCCUAACCCACUGUUUCCCAACCAGGGUGCCUCCAGCUGUUGCAAAAUUAUUACUCCCAGCAUGCCCGGACAGCCAAAGGCUGUCCAGGCAUGCUGAGAGUUGUACUUUCCCAACAGCUGGAGGCACCCUAGUUGGGAAACUUAGUUCUGCAGGUUGGCACAGACUGACAGUCUGGGCUGCUGGGAGUUGUAGUUUUGCAACAGCUGGAGGCACCCUGGUUGGGAAACUUAACUCUAAUCCUAACAGCAAUUAGCACUGAGAGCGCUGAGCUUCUUUUUUUUUUUUCACUUCAACGGCCCAGCAGUCCCUUGCCCCCGCCAGAUUAUUCAAAUGUGCAGAAUGUUCAAAUGUUUUCCAGGCGGACAUUCCGCACAUUUUACACCAUGUGAACAUGCUUUACAUAAAUAAAAAAAAGUAAUGAGAAAUCUGCAACAUACAUUGACAAGCUAUAGAAUAAAAAUCGGCAUCUUGGGGAGAUUUAUCAAAACCUAUCCAGAGGAAAUGUUGCGGAGUUUCUUUGCUUCUUUUAAAAAAACAAAAACAAAAAAAAUAAAAAAUAAAAUCUGAUUGGUUGUUAUGGGCAACUUGGCAACUUUUCCUCUGGACAGGUUUUGAUAAAUCUCCCCCGUAUGUCACAUUCCAUGCCGAAAAUGUCCACAGUGUAUGUGUCUGAUCCCUUUGCCCUGUAAUUUGCCCCAGAUUUUACCUUGUGGACAUAUCUGCUGGUCUAGUGUAGCAUACAGAACUGGUAAGUAAGGCUGACUGAUCCUUAAUGUGACACCUGUGUACCGUAAGUAUUCAUAUCUGUUCCACCCAAGGCCUGAACGCAGAAUGCUAUUUUGUACAAUCACAUGUUUUUACUGAUUUUCAAAACUACCUUUUACAUUUUCUUUGUGAGUUUGUAUGUGUCUGUUUUUAUAGCAGCCAUAAAAAGUUGCACUCAAAUGCCUAGUGUCAGUGUUUUUUUUUUUAUUGGCGGCAUCAUACUGGACGGAAAGGAAUGUAUAGAUUAUGUUGGAAAAAAAAUUAUAUAUAAAAUAGUAUUUGCACUCAGAGAAUUACACAUGUCCAGUUACAACUCAAUGGAGCAAGAUCAAUCCACAAUGUUUGAUACAUGACGAUGAUAAAGUUGCGAAUAGUUUUGUAAGCCAAAAAAGGAAAAAACUAAAAAGACCCCCCC